GGUUGAAGCGUCCGUACUAUUUCUGCCUAAACAGGAUAUUAGCAAUAAUUGUAAUAAAUCCAUGUAUAGAAUGACUUGGUUUGUUUUAACAAAAAAAAAUGAAAUCAAACAGGAUGUUAUCUCUCAUCUGAUUGAACACAGUGCAAAACUGAAUUAUUGGUUCAGAGUUGUUUUAUCCUAAGAUUUGUGAAUACAAUUUCUAAAAAUCAUUAUGGAUUAAGCUUUGAAACAUGGAAUAUGAAAGAUUUGGGGACGAAAUGCAGCAUGCAUCUCUGUUUGAUUCUACAUUAAGGCCAUGGCAUAGGAGGCCUCCACGGUCAGACACACGGUCAGUUUACAUUGGACACAGAUACCCGCCAGACCUUGACACAACUGUCUUGGAGCCCGAACUAGAGUACCCGAAAAACAGGAUUAUAUCUUCAAGGUACACAGCAUGGAAUUUCCUACCAAAGAAUUUAUUCGAGCAAUUCCGUCGAGUGGCCAAUUUCUACUUCCUGAUCAUUGGAAUAGUACAGUUAGUGAUCGACACGCCAGUCAGUCCAAUCACCAGCAUUCUACCCCUGCUGUUCGUGGUUACCGUCACCGCCAUCAAGCAGGGCUAUGAGGACUGGCUUCGACACAAGGCAGACAGAGAGGUGAACUAUCGUAAGGUGGAGCUGGUACGAGAUGGCGAGAUUUCCUCCAUCAUGUCUAUGGAUAUUAAGGUCGGAGACAUUUUACGCAUCUCGGCUAAUAAGAGUUUUCCCUGCGACAUUGUCAUGUUGUCAUCUGCUGACCCAGAGGGGAACUGUUACAUUACCACAGCUAACCUGGACGGUGAAACUAACCUGAAGACCCACUGUUGCGUAACUGACACCAGACGUUUCUCCCAUUCCGGAGAUUUCACCCAGCUGUCUGCGGUUAUAGAGUGUCAGCAGCCGACCCCUGACCUCUACUCCUUUGUUGGGAAUAUGACGAUCGUCCGGGACAAUGGAGAGCACACUGUGCGACCACUUGGCCCUGAACAUGUGCUACUCAGGGGAGCCAGGCUGAAGAAUACUGCCUUUAUAUAUGGGUGUGCCAUUUACACUGGUAACGAGACAAAACUAGCUUUAAACUCCAGACCUAAAUCAACAAAGUUCUCUCGUAUCGAGAGACGUAUGAAUACAUUCCUGCUGAUCUUCCUCUUGAUUCUUGCGGCUGAGUCGAUGUUCUCCACGGGCCUGAAAUACUGGUAUGCAUUCCGGCCACGUGUUGGACAGCCCUGGUACGUCCCAGAGAAGGAAAAGGACAUCAAUGUCACGCCACUGCGAAUCCUUGAAGACUUCCUGGCCUUUGUUGUGCUAUAUAACUACGUCAUUCCAAUAUCACUGUAUGUUACUAUAGAGCUGCAGAAGUUCAUAGGUUCAAUGUUUUUUGACUGGGACCUGGAUAUGUAUGAUCCUAAUACAAAUGAACCCGCCAAAGCGAACACUUCUGACCUCAAUGAAGAGCUGGGACAGGUGGAGUACCUUUUCACAGACAAGACAGGAACACUGACAGAGAACGAGAUGCAGUUCCGCAAGUGCUCUAUCUCCGGUAAACAGUACGAGGAGGUCGGCAGUAUGCUGUGUCUAUCUUCCCCAACAGGAGGGGUGCCAGAACCAGUCCCCAUAUUUGAUACGGACAUUGAGACAUUUUUCACAUUGUUGGUACUAUGUCACAGUGUGCGAGUGGACCAUUCCCAAGCCGUAGAACUGGGGGCAUCCACCAUGUACAGUUAUGAUGGAUAUGAGUAUGACUAUCAGGCUCCAUCUCCUGAUGAAAAGGCUUUCAUAGAGGCCUGUAGGAGGUAUGGUAUAGUGUUCCAUGGACCACAUGAUGGGAUGAUGGAGGUCACCUUCAAAGGUGAAAUGAGGAGAUACAAGUUACUACACACACUUGAUUUUGAUGCAACAAGAAAGCGGAUGAGUGUUAUUGUGGAGAAUGAGAGGGGUGAGAUUUACCUGCUGUGUAAAGGUGCUGAGUCGACCAUGUUGGGUAGAGUGACAGAGGGGGAUAAGGAGUCUGUGCUCACUCAUGUAAACGAGUAUGCCAUUCUUGGUUUGAGGACUCUGGUGUUAGGUUUAAAACAGUUGGACCCUAAAGAGUUUGACAGGAUAGACCAGACUCUGAAUGACGCCAAGACAGCCCUGCAGGACAGGGCAGAUAAGCUGGCAACAGCAUACAGUGAGGUGGAAGUGGAUUUACGGGUGUUAGGAGCCACAGCAGUCGAAGACAAGCUACAGGAAGAUGUGCCAGACACUAUACAGUCUCUACUGGCUGCUGGUAUCAAGGUCUGGGUGUUGACGGGCGAUAAAGAGGAGACAGCGGUCAACGUCAGUCAUUCUGCGGGACAUUUCACCUCUGAUAUGACCACUCUGUCCAUUACCAGGCAGAGAAAUCCUAAAGAUUGUGAAGAACUAAUCCGGACACAUACGCAAAUAUUGGAGGAGGCGAGACAUGUAGGCACAGCUCGAAGGUUUGCUCUCGUUAUAGAUGGUGCUAGCCUCCAACACUGUUUGGAACAUGCAGAUGCAUUGUGCUCUCUUAGUCUCAACUGUUCAGCUGUACUGUGUUGUAGAAUGACCCCACUUCAAAAAGCUGAGGUUGUGAAGCUUAUCAAACAUUCCAAAGAUCACCCAGUGACUGCAGCUAUAGGUGAUGGUGCUAACGAUGUCAGCAUGAUAGAGGAGGCUGAUGUUGGAAUAGGAAUCAUGGGGAAAGAAGGUCGCCAAGCAGUGAGGAACAGUGAUUAUGCGUUUGCAAAGUUCCGUUUCCUCAAGAAGGCACUUCUUGUCCAUGGACACUUCUACUACAUACGUCUUUCCAACCUUGUUCAUUAUUUCUUCUACAAAAAUGUUGCAUUCAUCACUGCUCAACUUUUUUACACAUUCUUUUCUGCCUUCUCAGAACAGUCACUGUAUGAGAGUUUCUACUUGAUGAAUUUCAACAUGGUUUUUACUGCCAUGCCCAUUCUUAUGUACGGCAUUUUUGAACAGCACAUUCCACCAUCUACACUCAUGGCAAAUCCCAGGCUCUACAAAAAAGUUUCAAAGAAUAUGAACAUGUCAAUCAGGAAUUUUAUCAAGUGGAACAGCUUAGGUCUGUGGCACUCAGUGGUUGUGUUCUUUGGAGGUGUGUUCCUAAUGGGAGAGGAGAGCUCACUCUUUCCAGAUGGAAGGAUGAUCGGCAACUGGACACUUGGUUCCAUCAUGUAUUUUGCUAGUCUCAUGAUUGUCAGUUUUAAGUUAUGCCUAACCAUCCAUUACUGGUCAGGCCCCAUUUGGUUUGGUUUUGCAUUCUUCGUUGUCACGUACACUGCUGGUAUGGGUGUCUACAACUCGAUCAUGUGGCCGUCGUUGUUCAGUGACCAUAACUACCUUCUAUAUGACUGGAAUACAGUGUUCCAGUCUGUCACGGUCUGGUUUGCAGAACUGAUGCUCAUUAUACUCGCGUUGAUCCCUGAUAUUGUGUUCAGAGCCUACUCUGAUAUUCAAAUGAGGCGAGAUGUUAGCCCACAUCAUGGACAGGUUAAUCAACCUAAUGAUGAAGGUAAUUUAUUGUACAAUUUUUCAAUAGACUCUAGUCAGAGGCCACUCCGUCAGGCUUUUCAAUUAGAGACCCGCUCUUCCCAGCUGGAGACGACCAAGUUUGUGUUCCCGCCUGUAGUUUCACCUCUAUCCAGCUCACUCGGAUUACACAGGCAUGCUCUAGGCAUUUCUCUACCUGCAGUCAAGUUUUCUAAAAAGACAGAUCGGAAACAGAAUACGCUAUAGCUCUGCAUCUAUUGGCUCGGAGUGUUUGUAGUAAUCAGAAAAUAAAAUACAUUCAAGAUAAAUAUUAUCUUGAAAAUUCAAUACUCGCAAUAUACUAUAUUUUCGGUUUGGGUUUAUUCUAGUAAAUAUAAGAUUCAAUACUCAAAAUCUAUAAAUUGAAGCAAGUCAGUUUAUUUUUUUAUUAUUAUCAUAUUUUUUCACAUUUACCAUGAUAGUUUUGUUAAAGCUCAUGCAUCAAUCUGCUGUUUAUUAAUUUCAUUUUUAUAAUAAAUGUAUAAGAAUGGAAACUAAUUUAUAUAUUAACAAGAUAACACAAUAAUUAAUGCGUUUCCCCGCGCUAUCAUCUUUUAUUAUAGAUUGAAUGGCACUUCCAUUUUCAAAGCUUGGGUCUAGAAACAACAAUUUUUUAAUGAUUAUACUAUGACAUAAAAUAAAUGAGCUAAAGUGGACACACUUUUCUACAUUUAAGGUGCUAUUGACGCAACAAAUUGUAUGUGUUUUUUUCAUCAUUUGAGCUUAAUACUCAAUUCUUCAUAUAACAUAAUAUGUAUUGCCGGUUUUAUGAGGAUAAUUAUAAGUGUAUAUGAAGAUAUUCUAGUCUGUUGAAAUACAAAACUUGCCAAUAGAUGUAGAUAUGUAGGGUAUUCAUUUGCAUUUAGUGCUUUAAUAUUUAAUUUUGUUUACAAAUUCUGUCUGUGAAACCACAUUAAGACAGGAUAAUGCCGUGUUUUUAACAUUGUGUAAAGGCGGUGCACGGAGGAAGUCAUUAUUCCUGUCAUUGUUCUUGUUUUGAGAUUGUGUCGUAUGAUUAAUAAACGCUUUGCAUAAUCUUUAGUGUGCCUUAAACAUUGAAAUCCAUUUGUUGUUUACAACAUACACGACUCAAGAUUCAAAAUAUUUAUACAAGUAACUUAAACAUAUACAUGCUUCUCGUUACAUGAUAUUAUAAAUUUAACAUACAUAUAAUCAUCGUGAAUAAUAUUAAGAUAAAACGUGAAAAAAGAAAGAAAAAACAAAGAAAUGAUAUAACUUACAAAACUAAAUAUACAACUAGACAUUUUGUCCAUUGAAUGCUCCUCUCAAUGUUUCUAGGAUGUGUAUAUGUCAGUGUUUGUAUGUUUGCAAUUGGAGAAUAAUGCAUUAUUUUUGUUAUGCAGUUUGAUUGUUAUUAGGAAUGGCAAGUAAAGCGAUGGGAGAUAGUUAGCCUUAAGUUUUAAUAUUAUUUGUAACAAGCAAGGUUUCUUUACUUGUCAUUAAUAUUUGGACAUGUAUGAUCAAAAUGAACAUAACAAGUUUCUGUAAAUAUGUAGAUAAUACUUAAAAUAUAUUUCACAAAUAAUUUAAACUGCUUUCCUAAUUAAGUCUUCGUAAUCCGUUGUCUUCAUUUUUUUAUGAAAAGUACUGGUGGUACUGAUAUUGAUAAUAUAUAGUUGACUCUGCCUUGAUGUUAAUUUAUAUGCACUUGCAUACUUUAGCUUAUUUUUCUGUUAAAUUUAGUUGUUAUUUAUGAAUAAAUUGUAAAUUUGAUAACUGUUUUUUUUAUGUAAAUCAUUUGUUUAUUUCUUUACUUUCAGGGAUUUUUUUAUAUCAUAAGUGUUAGCUUACUGGUUUAUGACUUACGUUCGACACAUAACUUUUCCGCAUCUUUUUGUUCAGUGUGCUAUGAACUUUUUGUUGGUAAAUAUAGUGUAGUUAAGAUUGUGCAAUGCAAAGUAAAGUGCGGCAUAUCAGAUAACAAUGGUUGUGUUAAAAAUUUCAUUCCAGCCUUAAAAUCAUGAGAACGUUUUCUAUUUGUUACUAAUUGUUCAUUAUUGUUUGAGUAUGUUCUCACUGUGGUCCUUAGAAGUAAUGUAUAUCUGAAAAGAAAAACUAAAACAGUUAUAGGUAAGACUCUUAUAUAUUUGGCGUCAAAGAUAAUGUUUGUUUCAGGUUCCCCGACCUUCCCCUUGUUCGUCCCAACUCUAUACUUUAAUAAUGCCUUGAGUAAUAUUUUGUAUAAUUUGUUUAUCUUUUUCUUUUUACAAUUUAAAAUGAAAACUUUUUGGCUUUCAACAAUACCAAUGUUGCUAAUGUUGCUAAAACUGAUUGUAUAGAUGUUCUUGCGCAUAUAAUUUAUGGUUUUUGGUAACAGUAAGAUCACAAGAAUUAAAAAAAAAAUCGGACCUACCCACUCUAUUUUUGGAGGCCAUGACACCCGAAACAAACAUAUAAUUGUUUACGCCUUAGUUCUUUAAUUAUUCUUCUGAUUAUUUAGUUAGCAAAUGUUUGGAGUGCUCCAUUGGGGGCAUAAGUAUCAUAUAAAAAUCAAAUUCGGCGAAAUAUGUCGUCAUUUACUAAGUAAUUGUGUUUUGUUUCCUUUCUUAAGGGAAAUGAACCUACUUUAGACGAAGUUUUCUGUUGUGCAGCUAUCUUGGUAAUAAGAAAUGUCACUGAAGCCUCUUUCAACAAUGUUUUUUGUUUUCUUCCUGUAUAAAUAUAUUUAAAUUACCUUGCGAAAGUCGAGUCCUAUAUUGACAAUGUUAUCGCCAAUUAUAUUUAUCGUGGAUGGGCCGUAUUAGUAAUUUUCUUGUCAUAAGCCAGACUAGGCAGUCUGGCGUAUGACAAGAAAAUUACUAAAUAGAUACGGCCCAUCAGGGGUUUAUUUCAUCAAGAAUCAAGUAGCAUGUAACUUGGAGAUAUUAUAAAAGUGCAGUGCGACUGCUGGUUUUCUUUUAGGCACUAAAUCACGUUUUUAUGAUUGUAGAUGAAACGCCGUUAUAAGUACAUCAAGUAAAUUUUGUGUAUAAUAAUUAUAAUUAUAACACGUUAUACUUUGAUCAUUCAAUUUUCUGAUUUAUUACUCUUUUAUACUAUAGAAAACAUUUAAAAAGAAGAAGUUUUACAUUCAACUCAAAACAGUCUGCUGUAAAUGGGAAAUGGUUUUUGUAACAAUAUUCUUCCAAAUUCUGAUAGAAAUUUGUAUAUAUAGAAUAGAGUUAAUAGCGAAUGUAAUAAAUUAGAUGUUCAUAUUUCUUACAGAAGAUGGAUCAAAAUAUUUCACAUCUUGAAACAAUUUUCUACUAACAGACUAACACAACUCUUUUUUAUCGUCUUAAUAUUUUAAAAACUACAUUACACCAAAAAAAGAUUGUCAAAGAUUUUUUUUGUAUCAAUGGAGUUUUAUUGUAUUAUUAACUGUGAAUAACUUAAUAUAAUAUAUAUAUUAUAUUCGUUAGUCAAAACAAACUUGUUAAUAUCAUUUCAGUGCUACUUUUUGUACUUCGAUUGUUUUAUGCUUUGGACUUGAUGUCGAUGUGCUGCUCUUGAUUUCAUAAAUCAGGUACCAGUUUUGUGAACAGCUUUAACGGUUUCCGUUUGUAUUUGUAUGCAUUGCAAAAUGAUUAUUAUAGAUGAUACGCACAUUGUAUAUUCCAUAAUGCUAUAAUUGUUGCUGUCUAAAGCACGGUGAUAUAUGAUUAAGCAAUAAUGUUAACGAUUUUAUAAUGCGCAAAUUUUGUUCAGGACCUUUGUUUUGUUAAUCAGCAUGUUUGUAAUGAUAUAUGAAAAUAUUUUGAUAAUAAAAUAUUUAUGAAAAUU